AUGCACUGGACCCGUCAAGUAACCAAACCACGUCUUGACAUCUUCACCGCCGCGAAGCAGGCAAUUCCCGCCAGUCCCUAUGCAUUUGGACCAGUCGCCGCCAUGUCGACCGCUCCAAAACCCUCUGCACUGACCUUUGACCGCAAGGCCCGGUGUUCGACUUCGAAAGCCCGCGCCUCGACUCUGAAUCUGCCUCAUGGUCCAGUGGACCUGCCCAUUUUCAUGCCAGUCGCCACCCAGGCAUCUCUUAAAGGACUGACCCCCGAACAACUGGAAGAGACGGGCUGCAGGCUCUGCCUGAACAACACAUACCACUUGGGAUUGAAACCUGGCCAGGCAGUGCUUGACACCAUUGGUGGUGCCCAUAAAUUACAAGGAUGGAACUACAAUAUCCUGACUGACAGCGGCGGUUUUCAAAUGGUUUCAUUGCUCAAGUUGGCAAAGAUCACAGAGGAAGGCGUGCGAUUCCUGAGUCCCCACGAUGGCAGUCCAAUGCUACUGACUCCCGAGCAUUCCAUGUCUCUUCAGAACUCCAUUGGCUCAGAUAUCAUGAUGCAGCUCGACGAUGUCAUUCAGACGACGUCGCCUGAUCAUGCACGGAUGAAAGAGGCCAUGGAACGCUCCAUCCGCUGGCUCGACCGAUGUAUUGCUGCACACAAGAAUCCCGGUACGCAAAACCUGUUUUGCAUCAUUCAAGGUGGACUUGAUCUGGACAUGAGGCGACAAUGCUGCGAAGAAAUGGUCAAGAGGGACACACCCGGCAUAGCGAUUGGCGGUCUGUCUGGCGGAGAAGCAAAGGCGGAUUUUUGCAAAGUUGUCGAUACAUGCACCGGUCUACUACCUGACAAUAAACCGAGAUAUGUCAUGGGCAUUAUAUAG